ACACACACUCCCCCACUCACACGGACGGACACACACGCACGCACGUUGACACACACCCCCCCAGUCACACAACAGGACACACACGCACGCGCGCCGCUCCUGCCCGGAGCGCCUCGCUGUGUCUCUCCCGAGCCGAAUGGAGGAGCAAGAGGAGGAGGCUGCUGCUGUUGUUGUUGAUGUCGCGAGGCGCGCUCUCGCCAUGACGCCUGGCCGAGACGCGGAGCAGCAGGAGCAGGAGGAUGAGGAGGAGGAGGACGUGAAAGAGGAGGACGCGACGUGCAGAGAGGUCGCCCAGGAGGAGAUGGAGCGCAGCUCCGCGGGAGGAGCAGCGGGAGCCGUGAACCACGGAUUCGACGAGAGUCCGGACAGCAGCUUCCCCUCCAGCCCCGAGCGCAACAACGACCAACAGGCGCUACGGCCCGCGGACCCCCACAAGGAGCCACGUGACCCGUGCCACUUCAUUUACCUGUCCAUGGUGCUGGCGGGCACGGGGUUCCUGCUGCCCUACAACUGCUUCACAGUCGACGUGGACUACCUGCACAGCGCAUACCCAGACUCGACCAUCGUGUUCGACAUCAACACCACCUACCUCGUCACGUCGCUCUGCACCGUUCUGCUUGUGAGCCUCCUGGUGGAACGGGUGGACAUGCACACGCGCAUCACUGCCGGCUACGUGCUGGCCUUGUUGCCGCUGCUCUUCGUGGGGCUGUGCGAGGUGUGGUUCGGGCUCAUCCCGCGCCACGCCUCCUACCAGCUGCACCUGCUCUCCGUCGCCGUCGUCGCCUUCGCGAGCACAGUGCAGCAAGCCAGCUACUACGGCUUCUCGGGGAUGCUGCCGCCUCGGCACACGCAGGCCGUGAUGACGGGCGAGAGCCUGGCGGGGGUGGUGGCCUCCACGACCCGCGUGGUGACCCGUGCCUCCGUGGGCGACGUGAGGACGAACACGGGCAUCUUCUUCGCGGCUGUGGCGGCGAUGGAGGUGGUGUGCCUCCUGUGCCACCAGCUGGUGCGCCGCUCCCGCUUCGUGCACCACCACACGGCGGCGGCGCGGGGUGGGGGACGCCGCCCCGUGCCCCCCUCCAAGCCGGAGUCUCUCCCCGAGCGGGGCACGGCCGCGCCCUACGUGGCCCGGCACAGCGUGGCAGGCGAGGAAGUGACAUUCGAGAAUGAGGUCACCCAGAAGGAUGACUCGCCCGUGUGGGAUGGACUGAACCAUGUGGGCGAGGAGGGGGGUGUCUACGUCCGCAUGGACCCUCCCGUGCAGAGCAAAGGCACUUUGAAGAAAAUCUUUGGGUCUCGCCUGGCCGUGAGCCGCCUGCUGUGGCCGUACAUGUCGGCGAUCGCCAUCACGUACCUCAUCUCCCUGACCGUCUACCCGGGGCUGCUCUCAGAGGUGCGCAGCUGCGAGCUGGGCGAGUGGAUGCCCAUCAUGCUCAUGGCGCUCUUCAACUACGCCGACCUCCUCGGCAAGUUUCUGGCCGCGGUCCCCGUGCCCUGGAAGCCGCUGUGGUUGGUGCUGGGCUCCUUGUCGCGCCUGCCUCUCAUCCCGCUGCUGGUGCUGUGCACCGCGCCGCUGGGGGCCCCCGCGCUGCCCCCACCGGCCUGGCCCUGCGCCCUCUCCAUCCUGCUGGGCAUCACCAACGGCUACAUGUGCAGCGUGCCCAUGAUCCGCGCGCCCGGCGCCGUGCCGCCGGAACGCAGGGAGCUGGCCGGCAACAUCAUGACGGUGUCGCUGAUGAUGGGUCUCACGGCGGGCUCGCUCAUCGCCUACUCCUUCUCGGGCCAGGUGCGCGCCCCCGACGUGCCCUGCGGGGCCCUCAACUCCACGCUCGUCAGCUCCACCCUCGGCGGCUCCUAGCCGGAGCAUUGCCGCGAGCACGGCGCCCUCGGUCUUAGUGGAGCGCACGCUCCUGUGAUGAUGACGACGGCGACGUCACAAAGGGUUUCCCCCGACCGCGUGGACCCAGCGCGCGUGCACGUGUCCCCACUCGGCACGCGAGAGGUCCGCUGCCGUGGUGGCGGUAGUACAGCUCGACAACUGCGGCGCCGCCAGAUCUCGGCGCUAAUAAAAUUCCUGCCGCCAACCGCGUGUGGACGUACAAAUUCUGUCCGACUGUCCGGCUCAAACCGGGUGGUCAAGUCCGGGUCAAUGCGAGGUCACGCCCGGAUCAGGUGGCGACCCCAAGGCGGCACCCCCCGCUUCUCCGAGCCGCUUUGAGCGGGAAAAGUCUCGGCUAAGCGGUGAUCCUUAAACGGCUGCUGAUAGGACGUACCGCGUGCGGUGAGUCGUCCUGGAAUCGGUUUUGCGCACACGAUCCGCACGCAAAACGCGAUUCGCAAAACGAGGCAAUUGAAAUUGGUUCUUGCCAAUUGAACCGUGGCGCGAAUCUUGGCUCUUCAGUGGAAUAAUUCUGCCUGUCAAAACAAAGCGCCAAGAGUGCGGGCCCUGAGGACGUCGUUGAGCCAAUCAGACUAGUUUGAGUUUCGUGUGGUCAUUGGCGCUGCCCAGACUUACGUUGGAAGACAGGGGGCAGCGUGGGUUCGGUAGAGGGGAUUGGCUUCUGGAUAGUAAUGUUUGGAGUCGGAGAUAGGGUUCGAUUUGGGUUUGGGAUAUUGUCGGCGUUACGGUCUGGAUGAGGCUUAGGGUUGGGGUUUGGAUCAGGGAUAGGAUUGGGAUUAAGGAUCGGGUUAGGAGUAAUCGUGUUCGGGUUGGGGUUAGGAUUCAAUAUAGUGAUCGGAACAGGAUUUUGUCUAGUAUUAGGAUUGGGGUUAGGGAUAGGAUUCGGAUCGAUCGUGUAAGGGAUAGGGUUGGGUUAUGGUUCAGUACUAUAUAGUGUUGGGGUUAGGGAUAUGAUUUAGGAUAGUGUUAAGAUUGGGUUAGGGAUAGUGUUUGGGUUCGAGAUAGAGCUAUGAUUGUCUGCAGAACUAUGUUUUCAGUCGUAUUAUUUCAGACUGUUUGCGCCUUCGGCUGAUGGCUACGUGUUCCAUGAUGCCUUGCGGGCUGAAUGUUCUUCUCUGGACGUGGCCGCUUGCCUGUGUGCAGGUGCGCGCGCAUGUGCUUGUGUGUGGACAUGUGUGCACGUGUAUGUGUGUACUAGCGACGAUUAUCAGAACCGGUUCCUGGGCCUCCCCUAGGUCAACUGAGCCUCAAAUGAGCACCUGGUGUGGAUUAAGGUGUAUAAACAUCGCCACUGGGGAGACAAAGGUGACCGGGCGUGGUGCUGGCCACCGACCCCCUCGUGUGCCGUGCCGGCCUUCAGAGGUGCUUGCCCUAACAGUCUGUUAAAGGCUAUACGGGAGGGAUCUUUGUGUUUGUGGAUGUGUGUAGGUGCCUGCGCGUGUUUGCGUGUGUGGCCGUGUGUAAUUGUGAAUGCCUCCCAAAAGAGAUUUUUUUUUUUUAGUGGCCGUGCAGGGUCAAUGAAAUGAAAUGGCUUUAAGUCCUCGUUUAACGCGGUCGUAGAUGCGUUCCUGAGAAGUGCCUCGUGAGAGAAGCGAAAAACGCGUUAAGCGAAAACAAUUUCCCCAAUAGUGAAACGAUAAAAGUUUGGCGAGAUACGACGGACGUGGACGCAGUGAGAUGGCGGGACAAAUAACCGAGGGCAUGCUGCCGUGUUACUCUAUCGUUCCGCGUGUUGUAUCACUCCGCACAGCUGCGCAGCUCAAGAAAGUAGUUCGUCGUCGACCGCUCAGAAAGCGCGCUAUAGCGGUGCGCUUAUGUACCGCGUUAUACCACCGCGCGUUAAGCGAGGACUCGGCGCGCUUGUUUCUAUUUGCUCCGCUGAAGUAGAGGAAACGAGUUGGCGUUGCGUCGUCCAACACGCUGCUCUUGUCCGCGAUGUCGAUCGCCGUAAUCUCCCGCCUGCUGUCAACGUGGCUUCAAAUGUGGCGCGCGGAAAUCUCCACGUGGGGCGAUGGGCGAGAGAAGUUGCCUGCUGCCACCGCUGCUGCUGGAAUUGAACCCAGGGUCUCUGUGUCUCUUUGCCCGAAGUGCAUGAUUGUUGUGCAAACGGGCGACUUCCCAUCUCUUGGGAAAUAAAGACGGCUGGCGAU